CACUUAAAAAAACUGAAAGAAGAGAAAGACAGGAGUGGAAACUAUCUCCCAGAAUGCUUAGGGUUAGGUAAACUCACUACUAAAGAUUAAUGAACUUAAAAACAUUUAGAAAACGUGUCUCUUGUUAAAUCAAUUUCUGAGUUAAAAUCAAAACUAUUUUCUUGUUGACUUAAAUUACAUUUCAAGGCAGCAGGUGGCCUUUCAUUUUCAAGUUAAACCGCCUUCAAAUGUUUUACAAAUGUGUAUAAUUUCUGCAGUAUUCAUUUCAAUGAGCAUUUUGUUGGGUUGCUUAGAGAAGAACCAGAAGUAAAACAUUUAGUUAAAACUAUAAUCUAUAGUGGCUUAUUCUGUUGCGUCACUACAUUACCCAGCAUGCUCUUCUCCUUCUGAGGUUUUUCUCAGAACUCCCUUUAUCUUUCCGCGAAUUGAGUUGUCCUUUUUGAAUGAAAUCCUUUUAAAGCCAACAAAACACAGCACAGACUCAACCAGCCAAACCACUCAAACCUGUUUGAAUGUAAACAUUGUUUUUUUUUUUUACAACAGCUACAAUUUUUUUCCACAGUUUCUUGUUACAAACUGAAAAUAUCUGAACAGUUUAAAUGGGAUUUUGCCCUCUUUUAAACCAUGUCAGAUAUUUAUAAAUUGGAAAGUUAAAUUGAUAAAAUGUGUCUGUAUUAUUAUUCAUUAUUAAUAUUAAGUUACCGUAAUCAUCUUUGUAAAUCAAGGAUAAGCGUAUUUGUUACUUUUUUGUUAGAAAUAUUGAAUAAACUUCGGCUCUCAUAAAAUCUUUUUCUUCCAGCAUUUUUGUGCCAUAAUCCACGGUUGUCAUCACCUUCAGCCUACAGUCCUUUUUCUUUACUGAAGUCAACAAACAACCAACAAUGAGCAUUCAGAGGUCUAAGAAAAUUUUGAAAUUCCUGUUUUUAUUUCCGUUUGCAACGUUCAUCAUGUUCUUUGUACCUCCUUCAGUUCGAUUUGUAAUUGGACUCAUUCCAAUGGACAAAUGCACUUUGGAAAGUGUAAAGAUGCUGACGUCGGGUAACAGUGCAGACUCAAGCCUGGACCUUUGGUCUCGAAAUGACGUGCAAACAUGCACUUCCUGGAAGGCUCCCAUCAUCUGGGAGGGAAUGUUUAAUCCCAGUCACUUCGACCAGAUACACAGAAACAAAGGAUCUUCUGUCGCCUUGACUGUGUUCGCAGUCGGCAGGUACCUGGAUGCCUACCUGGAGACUUUCCUGAACUCAUCAGAGCAACACUUCAUGUCGAGUUUGCCCGUGUCAUACUACGUGUUUACGGACACGCCCGAGAAAGUGCCGAACAUCAAGCUCGCCCCCAGUCGGCACCUGAAAGUAAUCAAGGUGGAGAGACACACGCGGUGGCAGGACAUCUCCAUGAUGAGGAUGAAGGCGAUAUCAGACGUCAUCGAGUCGGAUAUCCGCCACCGCGCCACGCACGUCUUCUGCUUUGACGUCGAUCAAGUGUUCACCGGCAGAUUUGGCCCCGAAGCUCUGGGAGACUCCGUGGCUCUGCUUCACGCCCACUACUAUCACCUCCCAAAGAUGUUGUUCACCUACGACCGCAACCUGAAAUCCAAGGCGUUCAUGAAAACUGGGGAUUUCUACUACCACGCCGCUGUCUUCGGAGGCUCCUGGGGGAGCGUGAAGGCGCUGACGGAGGCCUGCUACCGCAACAUCAUGGCGGAUAAGGAGAACCAAGUGGAGGCCUUGUGGCACGACGAGAGUCAUUUGAACAAGUACUUUUGGCUUCACAAGCCCAGCAGGGUUCUGUCUCCAGAGUACUGCUGGGACACCAGCAUCGGCUACCGGAGAGACAUACAGAUGUACCGGCUGCUGUGGGCACCCAAAGACUACAAUAACCUGAGGACGUCAGAGAUAACGCGCUAAUUUAUUUUAUUUGGAUUCCCAUCGGUUGCAGUUGACUGUAACUAUACAUAGUCAAAAAAGGAGUGUGUUUUCACAAAAAAAAAACAACUUGAAUUAUGAGAAAAAUCUCAGAAAUGUUCUAGAAUAAAUAUAGCAAUUAAUGAGCGUGAAAAGUCAAAGAUUUGUUAGAAAAAAUUGUAUUCUGGGAAUAAUCUCAGAAAUUUUUUCGUAAAAAGUAUUAAACUUCCGAGUCUCAAAAGUUGAACACUUGCACGGAAAAACUGAAAUUUUAUGAUCUCAGAAAUUUUCUAGAAAAAAAACUGACAUUUUUUUAUUUAUUUUUGAAACUCAGAAAAUUUCCAAUAGCCAAAAAUGUUCAACUUUUCAAACUCAGAAAUUUUAAAUUUUACUCUAGUAAAUUUUGGGGACCUCAAAAUUUCUGAGAUUUUUAGUGGAAAUUUACUCCUUUUUUUUCCGAUUGCCCUAGCACAACUCACUGAGAUCAAAGAUCUCUGACAUUCAUACAGUUGUUUUUUUCACACAAGGCAGUUUGUGUUUGACAGUUUUUUCCCAUCUAUUAUACUGAAGUUGUUUCUGCUUUUACUGCAGUUUAUUAGUUUACAAGACUGAAUAAAUCUGUCAAGGAGUAAAAACAUUUUGCAGUAAAACUCUUGAUAGGUUAUGGAGGAACGUGUGACAAUGGAUUUUAUAAAAUUAAUCAAUUUCAUGGUAUAUUUAAUAAUUUAUUGUUGUGAUUAUUUACUGGAAGUGAAAUUGUGUGUUUGGUGCUGCAGCUCAACUCAGGCAUUAUUUACUGGAAGUGAAAUUGUGUGUUUGGUGCUGCAGCUCAACUCAGGCAGAUCAUUUUUAAUACGGUUAAUCUGUUUUGACUAGAUUACUUCACUUGCAUUUUCUUAAAUAGUGAAGAAAUUAUACAUAUUAAGAUUGCAGGUACUUGAACCACAGAUCAUAUUUAAGAUAUUUCAGAUUUUUUGUCUGGAACGACUAUUUAAAACUGAUUUGUUUUUGUAUUUACUGUUCUGUGAACCAGAUUUUAGCUGGUUACAUUUUUACACGUUUUAUUUCUUAGUUUAACUUACAUUUUUAAACCAAAUGAAAUUUUUAAACAAUGCCGUUUGAAUGCGUUUUUCUUUAUACAAUGAUCUAACCUUGGAAAAUAUGUUUUUGCAAGUGAGCAUUUCUACUGGUACCUUUUAUUUGCACAUUUUUAUUUGAAUGUUCUGUUAUUUUUUCAUGUUUUAAAUCUCUCUCCUGUUCAGAGAUGUUCUAGUCAUGUUUACAGUGACAAUAUUUUUUUAUAUAUCACUCCACAUAUUUAAUAUUUGAAACAUCAAAUACUGAACUCAAGUCAGCGUCAUAUUUUUGUAUUUAUGGAGCUUUGGAACUUUAUCAAUUUUCUGUCUAAGACGGCUUGAAUUAUACGAAUGUAAAACCUUUCAAACAAAUAAAAUAUGGCAAUGAUUUCA